CAUGAAAUCGUUCUCUCCCUAAACCUCGCAAAGCGCCAAAAUACAGUAAAUAACUAUACGGCCUAGGCAAUGAAGCUGUCUCAAUACUUUCGGGCAAAAGAGCCGAUGGAUUAAGCUGGAAGGUUGUGCGAUGAUAGUCGCCAUUUUCCCAGGCAAGGCCAAAGGCCUCGAAGAACCUUCUGAACUUAUCCAUGGGCGUAAAGUUGGGGAAGUGCAGGCCGACUAUGGCAAUCCCGCCAUUUUCAACAUAAGCUUUUAUUUUGACGAGCACUUCUCGGAUCUCUUAGUUGGGUUCGGUAAGGCCUUCGUCUGCUAUGAUGGCUGCUUUGAAGGUGGUCUCGGCGAUUAUUUGAAGCGCGGCGUUUGCGGUCUUCGCGCGCUUGAUGUUAGCCACUUCUGCAAGCCUGUUGAAGAGCGUGGAGUAGACUUCGUCUAGAAAGUCGCGAUAUGCGAGAGAGAGAAGAGAAUUCGGGGUCUCGCGGCUAAGGCCAUUGUUGUGACUUUGGAGGCCGCCUGUUUGUAGCUUGGGCCUUAAAGAAGGUGUUUAGUAGAACCCACUUAACUAUCUUAAAUACAGCUUAAUGUUCUGGUUCAAGC